AGGGAUGACAGGAAACUAGAAAGCUCACAUUUAACUUAUGUUUUUAUUUUUUAACAUAUGCUCAAUAUCCAUCAGGGGAAUAUAUCCAGUGGGAUAUUUUGUUGUUUGUGUGUUUUUAGUUUUUUAUUUCUUAUAUUUCCAUAACUGUAUUUUAGAAUGGAGACGCAUCAGUUUAUUGGGAAGGAUCCGACUGGAGAGCUUUUACGCACCAAAAACCUCGGAGCGCGCCCUGAGAUAUAGACACAUUUAAGCUGUUACUGCUCUGAGGACUGAACAAUGAAGUACGGACUGGUGGUGCUCUCGGCUGGGCUUUCUGGUUUGCUAAGCUUUACCUUCCUUGCUUUGGCCAUCGGGACUGAUUACUGGUACAUAAUCGAUGGAAAUAAACCCAAUCACACGGGUCCAAACGACCUAAGUUCACACUCUGGAUUGUGGAGAAUCAUUGAAGGUGCAAAUAUGAGUUCGGUCAUUUCCUCUUUCACGGCUAAUAUGUCCAGUCUAUCAGAUACAGAGAAGCAUCUUCUAGGCCUGCACAAAGUGGUGGUCAUUGUUCUGCCUCUCAGCCUGGUCCUCCUGGUGUUAGGAUGGAUUUUUGGGCUUGUCAGCUCGUUGGCCCGCAGUCCCAAGUUGCUGGCUGCAUCGGCUUGCUACUUUCUGCUCUGCGGUCUUUUCACCCUGUCAGGGGUCAGCAUCUACAUCAAGUACUCCAAUCAGGCCAUGGAGGAGAUUCAGCGGAUUGUGCCCCCUGAAAAUCUUGCCUUUGUUCAGGUCUCUUUUGGCUGGUCGUUAGCCUUGGCCUGGCUCUCCUACAGCCUGGAAGUGGCAGCAGGUCUGCUCUUGUUGCUGGCUGCCAGAAUAACUCAACUAAAAGGACAUUAUGAUUCUGGUGUCGCCAUAGCCAUGUUUUAGUGAAAUUAUCUACUAGCCUUCUUAAAGGGAGUUUUGUUGGCUGUAGUAGAUUUUUAAUUUGUUAAUAGUUAGAAUGCUUGCAAGGGGCCAAAAAUGUUGAGCAAAAACUAUAAACUGUUUUGCAGUUUCUUUUAGCAGACACACAAAGAAGCCGAUUUUCAAUUUCCUAAAUUGCUUCAAUGUUUUCUGAGCUAUAAAUGGAUACUAGUUCUUGGAUAUAUAUAUUUCAGUCUUGUUGCCAUUGCUAUCAGUUUUCUUUUAUAAAGAGUUAGGUUGCUUAAGGGGGAGAGCAAGGCAAUUUUAUUUGUAUAGCAACAUUCAGUACAUGGACAAUUCAAAGUGCUUUACAUGAAUUAGAUAAUAAAAUAGAAGACAAAUAAAAGCAGAAACGAAAGCAAAAACAUUAGUAAAACAAUCGGACCACAAAAAGCGGAGUAAACGCAAGUUAAAAAGACCAAGAACAAAAAGUAGUUUAAAAGCCCAAAUCGUAGCGUAAGCUUGCUUUAGCAAACACACAAAUAAGCUGACAUGAAGGUGUAAUUCUGAGCUGCUUUUUAUUUUCUUUCUGUUAACAGACUUUGCCUGAAGUCAUUUUCUUCUUAACAGAAGAGGAACAAUCUACCGUAGUCAAGCUAAUGCAGAGAAGCAUUAUUCCUUGAAUGUAUUUUUUCAGUAUUUCUCAUAUGCAGUGGUUUGAAAUGUGUUCACCUCUUCACAGAGUUCUGCUAUUAUCAUUACUUUUAUAUACAUACUGUAUAUAUACAAAAACCAGUUUCUACUGUAAUUAUUUGCUUUGUUUAGAUAAAAAGCUAUCAUAACCAUUCAUUUUUCACAUGGUGUAACAUGGAUAGUGGUGAUAGCUAUUUCAUAAUUACUCAGGUCAUCUCUGUCUGAUAUUAAACCUUGUUUGUCGAGCAAAAACAUUUAAGAGUUACAAACAAAAACAGAAGAAAUGUGUAAUUGGAAAACACCUGUUUAUUGCACAGUAAAUUUUGUUUCAUUUUAUAAAUCGCUGCUAUCUUUCAGGAUGAGCCCAGCAGUAUUAAGGCAGGCAGCGGUGUGGCGAAAUGGCUUUAUUUUCAUUUUGAUGUAUGCAGACUCUUAGCCCUGAAUAGGGCUUGGCAUUUUCUCUACCCUGUUUUCCUGUAUAUCUAUGGAUUGCAAAGGUGCAGUCAUACAUUUAAUUUAUUGUUUUUGUCCCUAGAUAUUAGACCCCUGCUGUUUGAGAAGUGAUGUACUCUCAGAUUUUGCAAAUAGAACAGCUUCUGCAAUUGAAAUUGCAUGUGUCAUUGGAAAUCUGGACUUCAUCCCUCUGAUAUGUUCUGCAGUACCAAAAAGAUUCAACAUUGGAGCUGAGAAGCAAAGUCAUGCCUCUCCAUUUCAAACCUGUACUGUGUAGUUACUAGAAGUUAAUCAAACUAUGAAAACAAAGUGAAGGAUACAAGUCCUCACUAAUAUGCUUUUUUUAAGCAGAGCAAAAAUACCGCUUUACCGUCUCCUAUAUGGCUGUCAGUUAUCUGUAGACUAAUAUUCUAUGAAGAAUGUUCAAUAAAAACAUAAUGCUGCUAUCUUUACAAAAUACAGCAUGAACUGUGUAACAUAUGUGUUGUUUUAUUGUAAAAAAUCUCUGAUUUAGUAUUCGUAAAUAUGAACAAUUCAAAACACCACUCAGUAUACCGAGUUGGUUAAAAAAAAGGCAGUGAUCUGUGAUUCUUACGAUGAUCUGAAGCACCACUUUAUGGUGUGAUUUAUGCACUCUAUACUUGUUCUCUAUACUCUAUAUUCUGUUUACAAUGUGGUUUUCAUAGAAUAAUAAUGAGUCCAGUCAAAUUUAGAUCAGCUUUGUUUUGAAUAGAUUGAAAAUCUGAAUGUCAGCCUGUGAAUGUAAAUGAAGCACACUGGGAGUCUGGUAGAAAAUAAAUUGCUGUAUAUAAAAAAAAUGUACCACCAGACAGCACAAGAAAGCAAUGUUUCAUCAGCAUAUACACU